AUGGGCGAAAAGCAACCUGAGGCAGCACCACAGAUCGUGGGUGCGAAUAGACUCGAUGAUGCUGUGGUGUAUCUCGAGGGUCAUGCAGGUGCCGUAGACAGCCAAGUUGAUCUGCAGGCUCUCCGCCGGAAGAUCGAUCGUCGGUUGAUGCCAUACAUGUUUUGCUGCUACGUUUUACAGUUCCUGGACAAGGUGAUGCUGAACUAUGCCGCUGUGAUGGGAAUUAAGAAAGAUUUGAACCUUGUUGGCAAUGACUUUUCCAACACUGCGACUUGGUUUUUUAUUGCCUACUUGAUCGCCGAAGUUCCCAAUGUCUACUGUCUGCAAAAAGCGCCCCCUGCGAAAUGGUUAGGAGGAAAUGUGUUCUUCUGGGGAGUCGCAGCCGCCGCCUCAUCCGGAGCACAAAACUACCAAGGUCUCCUGGUAGCACGAAUCUUCCUAGGAAUCUUUGAAGCUACAGUUGGUCCCUCGUUGAUGCUCAUCAGCAGUCAAUACUACACUCGAAGCGAGCAAGCUCCUCGAUUUACCGUGUGGUAUAUGGGCCUUGGUGUUGCUCAGAUCCUCGGUGGUCUCAUUUCCUUUGGCUUCCAGCAUGUACACCAUGCCUCAAUGGAAGGAUGGCGAAUCAUGUUCCUCGUUUUGGGACUUGUUACGUCUGUGAUCGGUGCUCUCACCUUUUUCUUCAUCCCGGAUACACCGAUCAAAGCUAGUUGGUUGUCGGAGAGCGAGAAGGUCGCUCUCUUGGAACAUGUCAGCGAGAACCAGACUGGUGUAUGGAGCACCAAACUGAACUUGAGUCAGAUUCUGGAGGCUGUGUGUGAUGUCCAGCUGUGGCUUUUGACCAUUACAACAAUUUUGAUCUCCGUCUCUAGUGGUGUCGUAACCACUUAUUCGUCGACAUUGAUCGCAGGAUUUGGUUUCACUGGACCCAUCUCAGCCCUCCUUAACACACCCGGCGGCAUCGUCAGUAUAUUUUUCACCCUCCUCGUCGGAUUCGGAAUCCGUCGGACCUCACACCGCUGGGCAUGGAAUGUGCUAUGUACAAUUCCCGGAAUAAUCGGCGGAGGCCUACUGUCCUUCCUCCCCAAGACCAACAAAGCCGGUGUGCUGAUUGGUAUAUACCUGGUCAACGCAAUUGUCGCCACUCUUCCAAUUCUUUACCAGUGGACCAUGGCCAACUGUGCUGGCCACACCAAACGCGCAUUUGCUAGUGCACUUGUCGCUGGGUCUUUUUCCGUUGGAAACAUCAUUGGUCCACAGACAUUCCAGGCUCAUGACGCGCCAGAAUACCACCCCGCUAAAAUUGCGGUUCUUGCUACGCAGGCGGCCGCCGCUGUGUUGUCGGUUGUUCUCUUCAUUUACUACAUGUGGGAGAACCGCCGUAGGGAUCAGACCAAGGGAGAAGUUGAUGAGACAAUGAUUGAUGAGACGAAGUGGGCUGGGCUCACUGAUAAGCAGAACCCUUCAUUCCGCUAUGUUUACUAG